AUCCAGGUGUCCAGCAUGGAGCUGGUGCAGGAGAUCCAUCAGCUGCUGAUGGAUCGGGAGGACACGUGCCACCGGACGUGCUUUUCGCUGCAGCUCGCGGGAGCGACGCUGGACAACUUUGCGGAACUGAAGAACAUCGAGGGCCUGAAGGAGGGCUCGGUCAUUAAGGUGGUGGAGGAACCGUAUACGAUGCGCGAGGCACGCAUCCACGUGCGCCACGUGCGCGAUCUGCUGAAAUCGCUCGAUCCGGCCGAUGCGUACAACGGAGUGGACUGCAGUUCGCUGACCUUUCUGCACGCGAUCACGCAGGGCGACAUUCUGGAGAAGAAGAAGGUACGCCAGGACAGUGUCGACUGCACGCCACCCGAUUUCAUUAUGCCCGGAGCGCAGGAGCGGCCCCUGUUGCCACUGCAGCCGGGCAGUGCGGCCGGCCGGAAGGGAGCCACUCCGCAGCCGCUGAAGGUGUUAACAACGUCGGCCUGGAAUCCGCCGCCCGGCCCGCGGAAGCUGCACGGUGAUCUAAUGUAUCUGUACGUGGUGACGAUGGAGGACAAGCGGUAUCACCUGUCGGCGUGUCCGCGCGGUUUCUACGUCAAUCAGUCGACGGACGACACGUUCGAUCCGCGGCCCGCUAGCCCCAGUCUGCUGUCGCACUCGUUGAUCGAUCUGUUGGCGCAGCUGUCACCCACCUUCCGGCGUUGCUUCGCGCUGAUGCAGAAGAAGCGCACCCAACGGCACCCGUUCGAGCGGGUGGCCACCCCGUACCAGGUGUACACGUGGGCCGCACCGGCCCUGGAGCACACGAUCGAUGCGAUCCGGGCCGAGGACACGUUCUCGUCGAAGCUCGGCUACGAGGAGCACAUCCCGGGACAGACGCGUGACUGGAACGAGGAGCUACAGACGACGCGUGAACUCCCGCGUGCCACCCUGCCGGAGCGGUUACUGCGCGAACGGGCCAUCUUCAAGGUGCACAGUGACUUUGUGACGGCGGCCACACGCGGUGCGAUGGCCGUGAUCGACGGGAACGUGAUGGCGAUCAAUCCGGGCGAAGACUCCAAGAUGCAGAUGUUCAUCUGGAACAACAUUUUCUUCUCGCUCGGGUUCGACGUGCGCGAUCACUACAAGGAACUGGGUGGGGAUGCGGCCGCUUUCGUCGCACCGCGCAACGAUCUGCACGGGGUGCGCGUGUACAGUGCGGUCGACGUGGAGGGCCUCUACACGCUCGGCACGGUCGUGAUCGACUACCGGGGGUACCGCGUGACGGCGCAAUCGAUCAUCCCGGGCAUUCUGGAGCGCGAGCAGGAGCAAUCGGUUGUGUACGGGUCGAUCGAUUUCGGCAAGACGGUCCUCUCGCACCCCAAGUACCUGGAGCUGCUGAACAGCGCGGGCAAACAUCUGAAGAUCCUUCCGCACUGCGUGUACAACGAUCGCGAGGAAUCGAUCGAACUGUGCUCGUCGGUCGAGUGUAAGGGCAUCAUCGGCAACGACGGACGGCACUAUAUUCUGGAUCUGCUGCGUACCUUUCCACCGGACGUGAACUUCCUGGUGCUUCCUGCACCGACCGCCGAUGAGGGCGAUGAUGAUGAGUCCGGGCUGGGGAAGGAAAGCCGAACGAUGGGUUUCCCGAUCGAACAUCGGCACAAGCUGUGCUGCUUGCGCCAGGAGCUCUUGGAGGCGUUCGUGGAGAAUCGCUAUCUGAUGUUUAUGAAGCAUGCCGCCCUGCAGCUUCAGCAGUGCGUGAAGAAGAAGCAGGAACAGAAGCAGGCGGCCGCAGCUACGAAGGGUGCUAGCGAUGAAGGUGAGAAACCCGCGGCACAGGACGGUGAAGAGGGCAGCAAGAAGCUAGCAAAGCUUGCCCCGGAGGGGGCAGACUCGCUCGUGCGGGCGGCAACGACACCCGUGCAGACGGAAGAUGCGAAGGCGUUGGUCGAAUCGCUGAUAUCGAGCGAGGAGAAGAACGAAAGCAAGGAGGUGGUGAAGCGGGCCUGCGAAGCCGUCGGAUCGUUGAAGGAGUACGAGUUUGACAUUCGCUUCAACCCGGACGUGUACUCGCCCGGCAUUCGGCACGUGGAAGCGGAAAACGGGGGGCUGCGCAAGCAGAAGCAGCUGGUGAAGGAUGCCGCGGAGUUCCUGGUGAAGCACCAGAUCCCUAGCUUCGUGCACGAGUGCCUCGAUCACUCGUCGGCUCCGAUGGACGGGGUCACACUGACCGAGUCACUGCACAGCCGGGGCAUUAACGUGCGCUACCUCGGGAAGGUGGUUGAUCUGCUGGCCAAGAUCCGGCAGCUGGAGUAUCUGCAUACGAUCGCCGUCUCGGAGCUGAUCGUGCGCGCCUCGAAGCACAUCUUUACCGUGUACAUGCAGCAAACGGACAUGCUGAGCAUGGCGGCGGCCAUUUCACACUUCCUGAACUGUUUCCUUACCGUCUCGACCGGCGGCUGGUCGGCUGCGGCCAGUGCCGGCAACGGGAUCGGUCCCGGCAGUCUCGAUGAAGCCGGCGGCGGUGGAGCGAAGGGCAAACAAACGCGCAAACAGACCAAACGGGCCGGUGUAGCGAAAGGACCGACUGGUGGUGCCGGUGGUAAGGCUGCGUUCCAGGCGGCGGCCAGUGACAUUGGUGAGUGGCAGACGCUCACCUCGAAAUCGCUGUGGGGUCAGAUUCGGCAGGAGCUAAAGUCGUACUGGGACUACGAUUUGACGGUGGCGGUGGCCGGCGGGGAAGCGAUCGAGUCGAUCGAACCGCUGAUCGGUCACUUCAAGCUACAGAAGGUUAGCCUGAUGCGAGCGUUCUGUCUCAAGACGGGCGUUCAGAUACUGUUGCGUGAGUACAACUUCGAGCUGAAGAGUCCGGCGCGGCCCACGUUCGUCGAUACGGACAUCCUGAACGUGUUCCCGGUGGUGAAGCACAUCAAUCCGCGGGCCUCGGAUGCGUACAACUUCUACACCACGGGCCAGACCAAGAUCCAGCAGGGCUACUUCCAGGACGGGUACGGACUGAUCAGCGAGGCACUCAAUCUGUUGAACAACGUGUACGGCGCGAUGCACCCGGAGAACGCCCAGUGCCUGCGGAUGUUGGCCCGGUUGAGCUACAUCAUGGGUGACCCGCAGGAAGCCCUCGCCAUCCAGCAGCGUGCGGUGCUGAUGAGCGAGCGCGUCAACGGCGUCGACCAUCCGUACACCAUUUCCGAAUAUGCCCAUCUUGCAUUGUACUGCUUCGCGAACAGCCAGAUCAGCACCGCACUCAAGCUGCUGUACCGUGCCCGGUACCUGGCGACGAUCGUGUGCGGGGAAAACCACCCCGACAUUGCCCUCAUGGACAGCAACAUCAGUCUGAUUCUGCACGCGGUCGGUGAGUACGAGCUAUCGUUGCGCUUCCUCGAGCACGCGCUGGCCCUCAACAUUCGUUACUACGGCGAAAAGUCGCUGAAGGUCGCCGUAAGCUACCAUCUGGUCGCGCGCACCCAGAGCUGCAUGGGAGACUUCCGGUCGGCGCUGAACAACGAGAAGGAAACAUACGCCAUUUACAAGCAGCAGCUCGGAGAGGGCCACGAGAAGACACAGGAAUCGUCCGAGUGUCUGCGCCACCUCACGCAACAGGCGGUCGUGCUGCAGAAGAAGAUGGUUUGCGCGAACGGCAACCUGCGCAACAGCGGUCUGCCUCCGAUCCACAUUCAGCCCCCGUCGAUGGGCUCCGUGCUGGACAUGCUGAACGCGAUCAACGGUAUCAUUUUCGUACAAAUUAGUUCCAAAGAAAUUGCCAACUUUAAGAGCGAAAUCGAAAAGCGUCAAAAGGACAGCGGAACGUCGUCGAUGGCGACGGCGGCAGCGACAGGGACCGGGACGUCGCCGGCACCCGUGCAAGCCAAUCAGGAGGAAGUUAAUCGGAUGCUGACGGAAACGAUGAAGAAAACGGCCGCCGGCAUACCCUUUGAGGAGCAGCGCGACGAGGACGAGAGCGUCGGCGGUGCCGCUGACGAGAAACAGGAGGAGUCAACGCCGGCGGCGGCGGCGGCAGCAUCGAGCUGAAACCAUCAUAUCCCACUGACCGCAACCGUGGCGGCCGCCGCCCGACUGGGAUCGCUGCUUGGCUGCUGAACGCCUUGGCUGUCUUUCGAAAUAUUCUUUUGUUUUGCACCGACAUUAACACGCGGCUUCGAGGCGAAGGAAUCGAUCACACACGAUCGGCCAGAGCGAUUUAAGGAGCGUGCGCGCGGCCUGGACUAGACUUGGUAUUUUCUUUAAUUUUUGGGCGUAUUUUCGCCAUGUUUGAAUUUCUCAUCUCAUCUGCUCUGGCGCACACCCCCAGCUUAGGGUGGCCCGCGCCUUCUAUUCUUUGCCGAGAGCGAUCGUUAGAAUGGUCUGGUGCUUGGUCUGCGGUGGAAGCAUCUUUUAGAGUAGGAUUUGUUUUUUUUUCUGUAAGAACAGUAGCCCGUAAGAAUGGUAGAAGCGCGAAAGAGCCACCAGAAGACAAAGCGAGAGUCGAUCAAAUUGAUUAACCGAUAAGAUUCAAACUGUUUCGGGCAGGAGCAGUGCGGAAGCAGUUCCUCUUUGUUUAGAGUCGUACAGAAACCAAAAAGAAAACACUGGAAAAGGUAAACCUAAAGUUCCUUCGUCGUCACGCCAACCCGCCGGUCGCGUGGACACCAACAGCGGCAGCUACACGAUUCAACUCAUCGAUCGUGGUGCAAUAAACACAGGGAGCGUGCAAUGAUUACUAGAAAAUCGCGAUCGCGUCCGAUCUGAUGCCCCUAGAAGCGCCUACUCUUUUAGCCCUAACCUCACCGCAAACAGUAACGCACACAGUAGUAGUCGCCUCCUUUGGUUUCAAACUGACUCACGUAAGCUCACAGCGCGCCUGCUAUGAUGUUGGCAGACGAAUGACGCCAUAACGCACCCGUGUGCGCGCGCGCACACACAUAAAUAGAAUAGGCAUGCGCCGAUAGAACUACUUAGAAAUAUGAGCGGCACCAAACGAACGGCUAGGAUCGAAAUUAGCUAGGCAUAUCGGAUUCUCGAACCACACAAUACAAAAGCGCAUCACAGUAGGGGCCGACGAUAAUGUUUUGUAUUUUGUUUCGAUCCUUUGAACCGUUAGUUUGUCCUUCGUUAGUUGUAGAAUAGGAUUUUCACGCACUGCCGCCGCCGCCGCGGGUGUUGGUUUGCGAAGCGAACAGGAUGCGCACAAACUAUGCCAAAACGGACUCCCCUUAAGGCGGGAGCGCGCGCGCUAGCUUUUUUGAACUGAGGACACGACGGUCCACGACGAGGCGGGGCGGGAACCUUCGUUGUUUAGAUAAUCAUACUUCGGUGCGCAUGCAAGACGAACAGAGAUCGAAACGGAGGAGAAGAAAAUACACAUAAAACAAUAAACCUUUCAAGAAGUAG